GGGCCCCUGUACCCGCCUCCUCAUGCUGCUGCCAGGUCCAGAGUGUGUCAUGGCCCCCGUACCGACUCACAUCAUGCUGCUGCCCUAGGCCCGUUUAAUCUGUCAAGGCCCCUGUACUGCCUCCUCAUAUGCUGCUGCCAGGUCCACAGAGUAGUGUCAUCGGGUCCCUGUAACGGCCCUACCCAUUGCUGCUGCCAGGCCCGUAAUCUGCCAUGGCCCCCGUACCGACUCCUCAUGCUGCUGCUGGCCAUGCCCUACUCUGUCAUGGGCCCCUGUACCGCCUCCUCAUGCUGCUGCCAGGUCCAGAGUGUGUCAUGGGUCCCUGUAGCGGCCUCCCAUUGCUGCUGUCUCCUCAUCGCCACACUCUGCCAUGUGUCCACUUUCAGGUCUCCUCACACUGCUGGUGGUUUCCAUUUUUGUCCAUAGGUGCUGUAUGGCCUCCCAUUGCCACGCUGCCAAUCACCGCCACACUGUGGCUCCACACUCUGGUUUUGGCCCCGUGACUGCCCAAAUGAGUGAAGUGUGCGGUGAUUCUAUGAUCGACGGCACUCAUCUGCAUGUCAUACUGACUGUCCAGUAUUAUAUCUUCUUCCCCAGCAGGACUCCAAGGGCAUUUAAAUUAAAGGUACAGUGUUCUUGCACUAAAUUAUAA